AUGUCCUUCGACAACAGUGCCUGUGCCUCUGUGGCCCCGUUCCAAGUGAAGAGCUAUAGGGCUCGAUGGAAUUCACAGAAUUCUGAAGAGGUGCCGCACGAAGAAACGUUUGUGAACAAGUUGUUCCGUGAAAUCAUCGGACCUUUCCUCCUCGAACGUAGCACACAGGUAUGUGCUGUUCUACUGUAUAUAAUCUAUUUGACUCUGGCGAUUAUUGGCUGCCUGCAUAUCAAGGAGGGUCUUGACCCGAGAUUUCUCGUCCGGGAAUCGUUCUACCUCAGCAACUUCUACAAGUUGAUCUAUGAGACAUUCUGGUAUGAA